AUGAGGCUUGUUGUUCCGAGUCCUGAGCCUAUCAACGGCUAUUAUGCGAGGAUUGUGGACUUGGAGAAGAUGACCCUGACCUUAGCAGCUAAAGUGUCUUUGGGUGUGCUGGGAGUCAUUUCUCAGGUGACACCUCAACUAGAGCCCAUGUUCAAGCGCUCCAUCACCAACAGGGUCUCACUGGAUGCAGAUUUUGAAAACACCAUUGCUACGUUCGCCGGAGAUGGCAAUAAUGAUUUAUUCUCGCCACAACUAUCGCUGCUCGUCGAGUCGGCUCGUGCAGUAGAGGAAACAUUCGAAGCGACAGGAAAUUCCAAAGGAAAAUGUUUACUGUCCAAAAUUCAAGUAACGACGGCACUCCAGGGGGGCGGGGCACUAAAGAACGGUGGGGAUUUACUGGGUUUCACAGGCUAUCCAGUGAUUGGGAAUCAGAGCAAGAUGCAGGGCUCAGAAUCUUGCAUGAAGGGCACUGAUGAUGAACUACUCACUGCUUGUCAAUGGGACCCACAAAUCAAAGGGCGGUUCUUUCAUCAAACUGCCUUUAGCAUACCUUUAGCCAACGUGACCUCCUUCUUCGUCGACGUGAAGAAACUAAGAGAUAUGGAUCCCAUUGCUCUCUACGGUGCUGAAUUGUACGGCGGAUUCUUGACGAGGUUUGUUCGGGAAUCUACAGCGUAUCUCGGGAAGACUACUGAUUCAUUCCAGAUAGACAUGACCUAUUACCGAUCCCGCGACCCAAAUGAGCCUUGGCUUCAUGAAGAUGUGUUUGAAGAGUUCGGGCAAAUAGCAAUUUUCAAAUACAAUGGACUUCCUCAUUGGGGGAAGAAUAGGAACAUUGGUUUUCACGGGGUGAGAGAUAAGUUAGGGCCGAAAGGCGAUAUGUUUAUACAAGUGAUGGAGAGGUAUGAUCCAGACGGUUUGUUAUCUUCUGAAUGGACGGAUGGGAUCUUAGGAUUGCGUGGGGCUGGAGUGUUGAUCGAGAAGAAUGGCUGUGCACUUGAAGGAUUGUGUAUAUGCUCGAUGCAUGAACAUUGUGCACCACACAAGGGCUACUAUUGUCGUCAGGGGCGUGUAUUUACUGAAGCUCGUGUGUGUCGGAAAAUCGACAUCUCUCAGGCUAAUCGAAUAGAUGAUGCUUGCUGGGACCAUGCGGAUGACUUGUCACGUGUGUGGGACAUCUGA